UAUGGUAUUGAUUCUCUUGACCUAGCCCAAAAUUCACUAUAUUUUUAUGCUUGAUGAUAUGAUAGGAAAACGUUGGGAUUAUGCAAAAUCUGGUUGUUUAGGUUGCAUGCUAUAAAUAUAGAAAAAUAAAAAUGCUAGAGUCAGUUUUAUUAUUUUUAACCAUUCUGCUAGAACGGUUAUUAAUUGUGAAAGCGUAAAUCUGGGUGAAAUGGAGAAAAAAAUAUAAUUAAAUUGUGGGGGUACCGAUUUUGAUAAAGCUUUUUAAGAAGCAUAUCAUUUAAUUAUCCAGCACUAAAAUGAUGCAUUUGAAAAGUAAAUAUGUAGAAAUAUAUAGAACUGAAAUAUUGUUUUAUACUGAUGGUUCUGAUAGUUAUCCAAAAUACUCAGUAUAAUUAUUUAAAGAACUUCCAGAGCAUUAAAAAAAUAGAAUAUUUCUUCAUUGUAGUAGCGAAGAAUCAGAUGCCAUUGUAUUAUAAAUGAUUGUAAAUGAAUUAAAUGCUAGCCUAAUUAAAUCUGAGUUGAUAUAAAAAAUUUAAGUAACAGAACUUUAAAAGACUUGGGUUGAGGUCGUGAGUAGAGAAUACAUAACCUACUGA